GCUCGACAAUUUGAAGGAAUGACGACGCUGCGGGCGCAGGUUGCCUCGGCCAGAUGCAAAAGCACCAAAAAAUCCUCAACCGACACUCGAUCGGCACGGACGUCCCGGAUGGCGCCAUCACCAAAGAAGCAGCACCCUCCUCGGAAACCGCUAGGCUUCGCCCCGACCAGGACGACCCGGACGAACCGUCCACGUCCUCGUCAUGCUCCGCCACGGCCAGCAACCAAAACCAAAACACCGGCAAAUACGGACCCCGGCCCCGGUUCAACACACUGGAGCUGGACCUGAGCUGCACCAAGAACAAGUUCCCGAUCCGGCGGGACCGAGCCGUCGGAUACUCGCCGACGACUCCAACCGGAGGAGGAGGUUCGAUAAUAACGACCUUUGGGGUGACCACGAUCGGUGGGAGUAGCGGGAGCAGCAGCGCCGUGACGAGUCCGACCGCGGAACUUCCGGCCCUGUUUUGUGAGCAACGGCUGCAGCAGCUACAGCUGACCGGUUCCAAAUCGGAAGCGACCCUGGUGACCAACAACAGCAACAACAACAGUAGCAAAAAGUGACCGGAAGAAGGUGGAAAGAAGACGGUAAGCGAACGAAACUAGUUAUUUUGAUGUGUUUAUGUGUUUCAGUGUCGAAAGGUUCUUCAAUUGUUUUAUGCUUAACUUUUUGAAAUGUUUUACUAAAAUUAAAAAUAAAAUCAAGUUUUUCGAUUUUCGAAAACGAAUCUCACGUAAGCUUUUGGGAACGAGGUUGAUGAAUAAACAUCCGUGGUGGGGAAAGUCGCACUCAAGAAAAACGGAGACACACACACUCGAACAAAUAGACACGGUAACUGCAAACUACGACGCAAAUUAUGAAAAUUUUCGAUGAAACGCUUGUGAAUGGAGAGUACAGGUUCCUAAUAAUUUUAAACGAUAUGUUUCACUAACGAAUAUUUCCUAUACGAUAUUUAUUUAUUCUCCUUCUACGAAAAAAAAAAAAAAAACAAACAAAAAUCGCAAACAUAGAGCAGCUGCUUCGCAGAAAUGAGACUAAAAAUUUCCCUUCUUUUAUUAUCAUCAUAGAGACGAUUUCUAACCAAAAUAAUUAAUAUACUGAGCAACCAGUUGCCCCCUCCUCAGUUUGUCUAGGUAUUUAAUUAAGAAAUAUGAGUUUAGUUAAGUCUAAGAAACAAAACAAACCAGUGCGGUUUAGUACGUUUGCAACAGACGCGCAUGAGUAUUAUUAUUUAAAAAUGAACCUUCCUACUGCUAUCCCAAUGAAUCCCAUUGGAACUGACCUACACUCAGCGAGAACACUUUAUUAAUUUAAUUCUGUCGAUGAUUAGUUUGUAAUCCUAGCAGUGUAUACAAUAUACAAAAACAAAUAUUAUUUAUUCAACCAAGCGAGUGUAAUUUAUAUGUGUGCGGCGAUGGGGAUGUCCUGUAAAUCUGUAAAAUAUUUGAAGCUUUUGAAAAAAUCAUUUCUUGAAAGAGAAAAUAAAUCAAUCAACAAAAAAUCAUUAUACGACCACACCAUUUGUAACGGAAAUAAGUUGAUUUGAAUCGAAUUUAUUGGAAACAAAAAAAAACACGUUUUGCAAUCCCCCAAAAAUAAUUAAUAUUAAAAAAAAACAGUGUAAAAAAGAAGUAAAGCAAGUAGUGCUCGUACGGAACGAGUGAUUUAUAUGGAAAAUAAAUUAACACAAAACACAAUGGAAAUCAAUUUGAAAAA